UAUACACUUUUGUCUCCUUAUCCAAUCUCUAUUCCCUUCCACACUUUUUCACUAUAUGCAGUAGUGUCAUUACAAUUUUCAAGAACUAACAAUGGCCACUUCGUCAAUUCUUUCACUAUCACGUCCAUUCACAAUUUUCCCAAUAAACUCCACAUCUUUUUAUCCCAAAAAUGUGACCCAUUAUUCUUGUUUAACUGUGAAGGCUCAAACUACACUAGAUUUUUCGGGUUCUUUUUUUGAACGUGGGUUCGGGUCGGAUGAUGACCCGACAAGUGUUACCGGGUCGGGUAUUGCUGCUGUUGAAGAUAAAGAGGAGAUUCAAUGUCCACCUGGGCUAAGGCCAUAUGAAACUAUGGCGGUUUUGAGACCUGAUAUGUCUGAAGAUGAGAGACUUACUCUUACACAGAAGUAUGAAGAGUUACUUGUUGCUGGUGGUGGCAUGUAUGUGGAAGUUUUCAACCGAGGGGUUAUCCCUCUUGCCUACAGCAUCAGGCGGAAAAAUAAAGCAGGAGAGACCAAUACCUACUUGGACGGGAUCUACUUGUUAUUUACUUACUUUACCAAGCCCGAUUCCAUGACAGCUCUUGAGGCAACACUGAAUACUGAUGAUGAUGUUAUUCGAUCAUCCAGUUUCAAGAUAAGGAAAAGAAAGUACUAGACAGAUUAGUUAGUUUGAUUCCUUAAACAUUGAAAGGGGACGACAGGGAGGAGACAGGUAUUGCUCAUCUCACCUCACUAAUGUGAUCUUCAGAUUUUUUUUCAAAGUGUAUUCACUUCUAAUGUUUGUAAGAUUACUGAAAAUUGCAAAUACAUUCUGCUUUUGUAUACUCCAAUUCGGCUUCAUUACAUUGUUAGCAUUAUUGAGCAAUUGAUAGUCC